AUGGGCCCCUCCCGCCGCGUUUCUGGAGGUGCUCGACCUUCUGGCUUGCUCCUUUCGCCGCAAGAACUCCAGAAGCAGAAGCGCCAUCAGCAGCGCUCUAUCGCAUCGUUCUUCUCGCCCUCAAGGGCGACAAAACUUUCCGUCACCGCCACGCAUGACUCAAUUCCAGCAACAGCCGCAGAGGACGUCCAACCAACUGAUAAGACUGAUGGGAGCAACCUUGAUUCUCCCAAUGGACGUGCACGGAAUCACAAGGCCUCGCCCGGUUCGACGGCUAAUCGAAACGCCCGUCGCGUUUUGAAAUCUGCGGUAGGAGGAAAGGGUGGAGGUCACCGAGGAACCUUGGUGCGCGCUGAGGCGCGGACAAGCAACUCCGAAGAAUCGAAGGAUGACGAGCUUCUCUGGACCGACGACCCGGCUGAAAAAAUCAAGCGACCCGGAGACGAGCGCGGAGCCAAUUCGCGCAAGGUGGCGCUUCAGAUCCCUCCACUGGCGGGCGGACAGGGCAAUGCAGGAGGAGACGACGACGUUGCUCCGGCGACUGAAGUCCACGGCGGAAAAACCGCCGUGAAGGCGGAGGGGCUGGCGGAAGGGGCGGCGGAGGAGAAUGCGCAAGGAGGCGUGGAUGUGGCGGGCGGGGACGGCUCGCUCUCGAUGGGCUCUUUAGGAUCGGACUUGUCCGGUUCGCUGCUCCCCGCGGGCAGGUUGCGGAGCCUGCGGCGGCGUCCGGGGGGAAGGAGUAACGUGGGGGGUUCCCAGGAGAGCGGCGGCGAGCUGGUAGAGCAAGUGGGAGGAGGCGUUGAGCGGGAUCGAGCCGGAGAGGCGGUGAGAGGAGGCGAGGGCGUCGAAAGAAGAGACGAGAUAAUGAAGGAGACGAGUGGAAAGGCCGUGAGUUUGCCGGCCGGUUGGAGCAGUAAGGGAACACGAGGCAAGGGGACUCGGAAGCGGGGACGGGAGGAGGCUAGUAACGAGGAUGGGAAGGGCGAGGAAAAAGCCGGUGCAGUGGGGAGGAGGGUGGAGGUGUACUGGCCGGACGAUGCGGCGUGGUAUGCGGGCAUGGUUGCGGGAUAUGAAGAGGAAACGGGCAGGCAUGAGGUGUUAUAUGAUGAUGGGGAGACAGAGAUGGUGGUGCUGGCGAAGGAAAAGGUGAGAUGGGUGGGGGGCUCUGGUGGUGGCGUGGCGACGACACUUGGUGCGCGGAAGAAGGGGGUAGGGGCGAGAUUGGGGGCGGAUGAUGCGGAGGCGGAAACGGCGGGUGGAGAAGCCGGAGAGAGAGGGAAUGGUGGGGGAGGAGGUCGGGGGAUAAGCAAGCGGGAGAAGGGUGGUGGCGAGCGGACGGCUGGAAAGGGGCGUGUUGUGGCAGAUGAGGAGGGGGCGAAAGUUGUGGGCAGCGCGGUGGGGAAAAAGGUAUCGGCGCAAGGAGCGAAGGAGAAGAAGCAGCAGCAGGAGGAGGCAGCAGUCGAGUCUUCUGAUGAUGAUGAUGAGGAUGAAGAGGAGGAGGAGGAGGAGGAGGAGGAGGAGGAAGACGAUGAGGAUGGAGAUAGCGAGGAAGAGGACUGGCUGGAAGAAGUCAAGAGGAAGGGCAAGAAGGUGGAGGAAGAGGACGAUGAUGAUGAUGACGAUGAUGAUGAGGAGGAGGAGGAGGAGGAGGAGGAGGUGGAGGAGGAGGAAGACGAGGAAGGAGGGUCUGUGGACGGAACUGCGAGUGAUGAUGGUGAGGAGGAGGAGGAGGAGGAAAUGGAGGGUGGGAGGCGGGGCAAGAAGGCAGGUCCGGGAGCAGGAAAGAAAGGCAGCGCGCAGGGUGGCCGUGGGGGGAGUUCUGCAGGCGAGGGCAAGGAGAAAGUGGUGGUGACAGGGAGGAGGAAAGAGGGGAGUCAGGGGGAAGGUGGGUGUGAGGGGCUGGGAGGAGCAGCAGGGGGUGUGACGGAUGCAGAACGAUCGGCGAUUCGCAAGGCUAUGCUUGGAGCGGGUCUGUUCCCCGAGCUAGCAGGAGAGGCGGCGCAGCGGUUCAGUGGGCGCAUGGAGGCCAAGUUCGACUUCCUCUUCCGGAACCGCAGGGACGGCAAGCGGCGGCCACCAUCCCAUCCAGACUAUGACCCCACCACUCUCUUCCUGCCAGACGCUUUCCUCAAGAACUUAUCCGAGGGGCAGCGCCAAUGGUGGCAGUUCAAGGCGAUGCAUCUAGACAAAGUGUUGCUAUUUAAGAUGGGCAAGUUUUACGAGCUAUUUGAGAUGGACGCGCAUGUGGGCGCCAAGGAGCUCGACCUGCAGUACAUGAAGGUGGGCCGCUGUUCCUGCUGUGGUGGGUGGGCGCUGGGCAGGCUGGGCGCUGGGCAGGCUGGGCGCUGGGCAGGCUGGGCGCUGGGCAGGGGCGAUCAGCCGCACUGUGGCUUCCCAGAGAAGAAUUAUGCAGAGAAUGCAGAGAGACUGGCUCUCAAGGGCUAUCGAGUGGUGGUGGUGGAGCAAGUAGAGACGCCCGAGCAGCUGGAGCAGCGGCGGCGGGCGACAGGCAGCAAGGACAAGGUGGUGCGGCGGGCCGUGUGCGCCAUGGUGUCGCGCGGCACCCUUGUGGACGCUGGCAUGCUCUCCGCCUCCCCUGACUCCUCCCUCAUCCUCGCCCUCACUGAAUGGCCCGCUGCUGCUGCCGCUGCUGCUGCUGCUUCUCCCGUUUCUGCUGCCGCCGCUGCUGUUGCAGCUCCUGCGGGGGAGGAGAGGGAGGAGGAGGGGGGAGCAGCAGCGGUGGUGAUAGGAGUGGCGGUGGUGGAUGCAGCGACAGGGCAGUUCUCCCUGGGUCAGUUCCCUGACGACGCUGCUCGCACGCGCCUGCGCUCCCUAACAGCCGAGCUCCGUCCUGUGGAGCUCGUGCUGCCCCGGGUCCCUGCCUCCUCUUCCUUGUCGUCUGCUGAUAAGCCCGCUGCUGUUGCGCCCUCGCCGUGCCCCUCACCGUGCCCCUCGCCUGCCACGCUGCGGGCGCUCUCGGACGCGUGUCGGCAGCCCCUGUGGAACUGGAGGGAGAGGGUAGACGACUGCUGGGCUCCUGACGCCACAGCGGCAUGGUUACAGCGCUUCUAUGCCCCGGAAAGAGAGGGUGGUGGCGUUGCUGAGGGCAGAGACUGUGGAGAAGAGCUGGAGGAGGAGGAAGGGGGAAGCAGCGGCGAGAGGAGAAGGGGAGGUAUUCCGCGUGCGAUCACUCAGUUGAUCGCAGCAGGAGAAGCAGCAGGAGAAGCAGCAGGAGAAGCAGCAGGGUCAGCAGGGUCAGCAGGGUCAGCGGCGGUGCUGAGUGCACUGGGGGGCCUUCUGGCAUACCUCCGCGCGUGCCUGCUGGAAUCCAGACUCCUCGCCCUGCGCCGCUUCUCCUUCCUCCCUGCCGCCCUGCCCCCGGGCUGCAGCAGGAAAACCAACGCUGCCACAGCUGGAAAGGGGCGAGCUCAGGUGGGGGAGCUGGGGGAGCAGAGGAGCGAUUCCAUGCAGGUGGAGGGGCAAGAAGUGGAGGAGGCAGAAGGGGAGUGCGAGGAAGAUGAGCAGCAGGAAGAGGAGGAGCCAGAAGAGGAAGAACCCUUUAUGGUCCUGGACAGCUGUGCGCUGGAGAAUCUCGAGAUUCUCGAGAACAGCCGCGACGGCACGAGCUCAGGCUCUCUCUUUGCGCUCCUGGACCGCACCGUCACGCCGUUUGGGCGGCGCCUGCUGCGGCAGUGGCUCGUGCGGCCGCUGCUGCGAGCAGAGGCGAUCAGAGAGAGGCAGAGAGCGGUGGGGGAUCUGAUGGGCGUGGGGGCGGAGGCUGCGGGGAAGGCUGUGAAGGCGCUGGGGGGAGUGGCGGACUUGGACCGGCUUCUGCCCAGGAUCCACUCGCACUGGGCAAAGGCCUUCCCAGCAGCAGCAGCAGCAGAGGCAGCAGAUGAAAAAUCAGGCAAGCAACAACACCAACACCAACACCAACACCAACACCAGCAGCAGCAGCAGAUGGGGCGCAACGCGAGUCAGGUGGUGCUAUACGAGAACGUGGCUCUGGCGCGCGUGCGGGAGUUCACCUCUGCUCUGCGCGGCUGCCAGGCUAUCCUUGCUGCCGCUCACGCCUUGGCCCCGCUGCUGCCCCGCCUCUCCAGCUCCCUGCUGCGCAACCUGCUCUCUCCUGCUGCUCCAGGAGGAGGAGAAGGAGGAGGAAGGGGAGGAGGAGGGGCAGGACGGGGAGGAGGCAAGGGGGGCGCAAGAGGAGUUGGAAAAGGGACGUUUCCGCCGAUAGAGUCGCGGCUGCGUGCGUUUGAGCGGGCGUUUGACUGGGCGCAGGCGGAUGCGUGUGGGCGCAUCUUACCGUCGUCGCCGGGAGUGGACAAGGCGUAUGACGCUGCUGCAGCGCGAGUGAGGGCUGUGGAGGCGGAGCUACAGCAGCACCUGGAGGAGCAACGCCACGUGCUGCGCGCCCCGCCCACGGUGCCCCUGGCGUUCGUGACAGUGGGCAAGGACCCGUUCCAGCUGGAGGUGCCCGAUUCGUUGCUCAGCCGCGUGCCACCCUCCUACGAGCUCAAGUCCCAGAAGAAGGGCGUGCGGCGGUUCUGGACGCCCUUCAUCCGCUCAGCUCUACAGCGGCUAGCAGAAGCCAAGGAGGAGGAGGAGGCGGCCCUGAAGGGCAUCUACCAGCGGCUUCUAGGCCGCUUCUGCGCGUCCCUCCCGCUCUGGCUGCGCGCCGUGCAUGCCAUCGCCCAGCUAGACGCCCUGCUCUCCCUCGCUGCCUUCUCCCAAGCUGGUGCCCCCCCCAUGUGCCGCCCGCACGUGGGGUUUGCUGUGCGCGGGGGCGAGGAAGGGGAGAGGGAAGGGGAGAGGGAGGGAGAGGGGGAGGGAGAGGGGGUGAGGGAGCGGGGGGUGGGGAAAGUGCCGUAUUUCAGGGCGAAGGGGUUGCGGCAUGCUGUGCUGGCGACCAUGGGGUCUGGUGGCAGCUGCUUUGUUCCCAAUGACACUGUGCUGGGGGGAUGUGGUGGUGGGGGCAGGGGGGCGGGAGGGGGAGGAGGAGGGGGAGAGGCGGAAGGGGGAGGGGGAGGGGGAAGGGGAGGGGAAGGGGCGCGGAUGAUGCUGCUGACAGGGCCGAACAUGGGCGGAAAGUCCACUCUCAUUCGGCAGACAUGUCUCGCUGUCAUCCUGGCGCAGACGUCUCAAAACUCGUUCUCCUUUGUCCAUUGCCAAGCCCACCGGUUUUCCUCCUCUCCUGUCUCCUCCUCCCUUCCCUGCCCCUUUGUCCCCACCACACACCAGCUGGGAGCCCACGUGCCGGCAGAGUCCCUCGCCCUCUCCCCAGUGGAUCGCGUGUUUGUGCGCAUGGAGGCGCGCGCGACCACAUCAUGGCCUCCAAUUCUCCCCGAAUCCCUCGCCCUCUCCCCAGUGGACCGCGUGUUUGUGCGCAUGGGGGCGCGAGAUCACAUCAUGGCGGCGCGCUCCACGUUUCUCGUGGAGCUGCAGGAGACGGCGGGCAUGCUGCGCUGCGCCACACGCCACUCCUUCGUGGCUCUCGACGAGCUGGGGAGAGGCACUGCCACUUCUGAUGGCCACGCCAUCGCGCAUGCGGUGUUUGAGCAUCUGCUGAACCGGGUGGGGUGUGUGGGAGUGUUCUCCACGCACUACCAUGCCUUAGCACACGACUUUCAACACCAUCCUGGGGUAUCCCUACAGCACAUGGCAUGCCAGGUGCGCUCCUCGCCUUCCCACGAGGCCGCUCCCGCCGCUGCUGCAAGCAGCAGCAGGGCGGGCGGGAGCAACAACACCAGCAGCGUCAGCGGCGGCGAGAGAGGGGAGGAGGUGGAGGAGGUGGUGUUUCUGUACAAGCUCGCACAGGGCUCCUGCCCCAAGAGCUAUGGCAUCAACGUCGCACGCCUCGCAGGUCCGCUGCUUUGCUCCCUGCAUCUGCCUGCACCUCCAUGCACCUCCCUGCACCUCCCUGCAUCUCUCUGCAUAGCUCUUAAAGACAGGCUGCUGGCUGCUUCCUGCUCCUUCCUUGUGGCUCUCACUUCCCUUCACUACCAUUCCCAUGCCCACCUCCUCCCCCCAUCCAACUUCCAUUCUUGUCUCUGCCAAUUUACCUGCCACUACCAUGCCUCAUGCUCCCCGCCCUCCUCUCCCCUUCUCUUCUCCCUCGCUGGUGCCGUGAUGGCUCCCCUCCCCUCCCCUUGCGGUGCAGGCAUGCCGGAGUCGGAGGGGGCGAGGGGCAAGCAGCAAGGCCUGGAUGACAGUGCUUCAGCGCCAGCAGGGAUGGCCGUGGAUGGUGAGACAGGAAGUGAUGUGCUGGCCAAGUUGAGGCUGCUGCAAGCACAGGCAGCUGAGGGGGACUGA